AUGGCCAACCCAGCGCGCAACAAGCGCCUCUUGCGAGAGUUCCAGGACAUCCAAAAGGACACAACCGGCUUGAAGAUCGAGCAGGUCGGAGACUCGCUGGAUCAUUUUGUCGGGUCGUUCCCGGGUCCAUCGGGAUCACCGUAUGAAGGCGGACGAUUCGAAGUGGACAUCCAGCCUCCGCCUCGGUACCCGUUUGAGCCGCUCAAGAUGAAGUUCCGAACUAAAGUCUAUCACCCUAACAUAUCCUCCGCAACUGGCUAUAUCUGUCUCGACAUCCUCAAGACCUCCUGGUCACCAGUCUUCACCCUCCGAACAUGCCUCGUUUCCCUGCAGUCCCUUCUCUCGACUCCCGAACCUAAUGACCCGCAAGACGCAGAAGUCGCAAAGCACUACCUGACAGACCGGCGAGGUUUCGAAUCAACGGCGCGGUACUGGACCGAGGUCUAUGCAACCCCCGAACCCUCCUCGACGACUCACACGCCUCAACCAUCAAGACCAACAAGCGCGAACUCGCAACCUGCAGAAGCGCCAGAGAAACGGGAAGCGCGGCUGGCUGGCUUGAACUGGGAAGACGUAUCAGCAUUCUCCGAGAUGGGUUUCCCGGCAGAGCAGGUCAUCGACGUCCUCAAGCGGCUGAACUACCGUGACGGCAACAAGGAUAAGGUGGGAGAAGAUGCGGUGAUCCAGCGGCUGGUAGGCUGA